AUGGCCUUCUUCACUGGAGGAACACAUGGUUAUGUUACGAGGCUUGAAGGAAGACAAGGCCCCGACGAACCUACUUUAUUCUUCAAUUCGAUUCAAAAUCUGACGACAUGCACGUCGACUACGUUCACUUGGUUCUACGACGGUCCUCCCAACCCCGCGACACCGUUCCUCACCCUUUCUGUCGUCGGUGUCCCUACUGGCGGCGCGGAGCUUUUCACUCGGACGCUCAGUGAAUCGAUAAUCCCGUUUGCUGAAGAGUUUGAUUGGUUGAGCGUCAACGUCCCACCUGGGAACUACGUUCUCUCAGCGACGAUUCCUUCUCUGGAUUUCAGUGAAGAGUCGGCGAUGUUCGAAGUCCAUGCGGGGAGCGAUACGUCUUGUGUUGUGGGACCUAGUCCUACUGCUCCUCCGUCCACGCCGCGACCCUCGGAUAGCAGUACACCGCCUCCAGCGUCUGGAACCUCGGGCACGCAGUCCCGUCCUACGGAGACACCUCCUCUCACGUCCCCCGAUCCUUCGCCCUCAGCGUCGGAAUCAGCAGACCCUGUUGGGGGAGUUACAAAACCGAGAAUUAAUACUGGGACGAUCGUCGGUAUCGUCCUCGGCGUUCUCGCAGUCCUCAUCGCCUUUGUGGGCGUCUUCUUCCUUCUCCGACGCAGGAGCAACCGUAAAGGAUCGAAGAAGGGAGGUGGUAAUAAGAAGGGAUGGAAUGGGUUGUCGUCUACGGACUCGAGGGCUGGGCUUAAUAUGAUUGGUGGAGGUGGGGGGAAGGCUUCGGAUGGGAGCGGCAAGAAGAGGAGUAGGAGGUUGUCGAGGUCGACGAACCCACAUCCACACCCACAGUACUCGCACUCGCACUCGCGCUCUCAUUCACAUUCAACGCACCCGCAUGGCCAUUCUAAAAGUGGGUCGACAGGCCCCAUGUUGAUGACCCCGGACCCUUCUGGCGGCUCCACCGAAGAAGGGUUCAGGGAUUUCGGGGUCCUAGUAGGAGGUGCCACUGCCUCAUCGUCCGAAGAAAAGUUUGGCGGCGGUAGAAGUUCGAGUCGGAAGAACAGCGCUGCGACGACGUAUGAAGACCACGAUGCUAUGGCUUUGGCUAAUCUCCCGACUUUGCACCAUCGGGCACGAGAUGAUGGAGGGUUGGGGUUGCCUGCGGAGGAUGGGUUUGGGCAUGGAUAUGGGUAUGGGUAUAAUUCUGGAUAUGGAGGAGGGGCUGGUGCGAACGUAUUUGGUAGUGGUGGGAUCACGAAUCAGCGCAGGCCGUCCUAUCCUGAUUCGACAGGUGUGUCAAGGUCGUCAUCUGUUGCUGCAACAUCUGCUACGCACCCCGCGGGGUAUAACCUGAGCCCUGCGGCGGGAUCUUCGCCCCCGACGUCGCCUGAUGUUGGGAGUAGGACGACGUCGCCAGAGGUGAAUGCGAAGAAGGCGAAUAGGAAUUCGUUUGGAGGGAGGAAGAGGAAGCCUGUGCCGGCGUAUGACCCGGAGGAGAUUAUGGCUUCGAUGCCCACGACGACGGCGACUGGAAAUGCAACAGCCUCGCCCAAGAUUGCCUCAACGUCUUCGCUGGGUGUUCAUUCUACUACCCCUUCCCCGCUUGAACGCGAUAGCAGCCAGAGUUCGAGGGCGCAAGGACAUUAUACGACGCGAGCGAAUGGCUCGAGGCCGGGUACGGCGGAUGGUGGGGAGACGUUGGCACAUAAGAGUAGUUUCGGGCCUGGGGGAGUUGUGACGGAGGGGAAGCAGUUGCAUUAUCUGAUGCCUGAUUUGCCGCCUGGUGUUGACCCGCAGCAGCAGGGAUCGAGGAGUGGUAGACGAUGA